GUGUCUUCCCACAUUAUCCCUCAGUAUUUUCCGAGCUGUUAAAUCCUCUCCGGUCGGCCCGUCCAGCUCCGGGCUCCCGCUCCGUUUGACGGCAUUCAUGGACCUAAACAGCCCGUUCUCCGCUCCUCUUUAACGGGCUUCAGUCGGUGAAUCAGCGCGGACACAAACCUGGAACUUUCUCUGUUUCUGUCUCCCCUUCCCUCUCCGCGCGUCAUGUCUUUUGGCACCAACACAAGAACGGGCUUCUUGGUGCAGGACAUCCUGGAUCUCCCCGACUCCACCGGGAGGUGCGGCUCCGGAACCGAAGAGACAGAGGAGGACGACACCGAAGAGGCCUCCGCGGAGGUUUCGGGGUCGGAAAACGCGCAGAAACUGGGAUUUACCGGAAGGAAUUUGUGCGAGCGCGGCGAAGGGAGCUUCAGCAGGUGGAGCCGCGGAUCCGGUAACCUGCACUUCUCAUUACACGGUCUUUCCUUACAGUCCCGAAUCGAGCCUAAAUCUCCCGAGCUCUCCCCGGACGAGUCCCCGGACGCGGAGGGGGAUCCUGCGGGCGGCGCGGUGCAGAAGAGCCGCGGCAGGAAGCGGCGGGUGCUGUUCUCCAAGGCGCAGACGUUCGAGCUGGAGCGCCGCUUCUGGCAGCAGCGCUACCUGUCCGCCCCGGAGAGGGAGCACCUGGCCGGGAUGAUCCACCUCACCCCGAACCAGGUGAAGAUCUGGUUCCAGAACCACCGCUACAAGAUGAAGCGGGCCCGGACCGAGCGCAGCCUGGAGGCGCUACAGCCGCUGCCGGCCCGUCGUGUCGCCAUCCCGGUCCUGGUGCGGGACGGGAGACCCUGCGACCGGAUCACAGCGCAGGACCUGGAGGCGACGCUCAGGUCCGGUCUGAGCCUCCCGCUGUGUGCCUACUCCCCGCUGCUGCACCCCGGCCUGCCGCAGCAGCACCCCGGGGUGCAGCAGCUGGCGCACAUGUACCACUGGAGCUGGUGAAGACUUUGACUGAUGGAUACAUCUCCAAAAAUACGAAGGAGAAGCUCGUGUUCGGUCUUAAAAUGGUCGUUUUUCCUGUCAGAACAGGCCCCCUUAAAAGAUAAAUGCGAGUGAGAAGAUUCAUCUUUUUUCAAUGGAGUUUGAUACAUUUCAUCUGUUUUUCCCAGAAAAAUAACUAAAA